CAGUGAUAUCAUGCGAUAGAGGGAGCCCGUGGCGGCGCGCGCGGAUGCCAGAGAGAAAAGUGACUGUCUCCAUGAGUAUCUGAGUGUGUGUUCUGUACUCAGCUCCACACACUGAAGGCCGGUCAGGAUGCCCAUCCCUCCCCCACCCCCUCCACCCCCCACCUUCAGCCAGGCGAACACUACCCCUCCUAAGCUGUCCCGGGACGAGGCGAAAGGCAGAGGGGCGUUACUGACUGAUAUCUGUAAAGGGGCGAAGCUGAAGAAGGUUGCUGUGGUUAAUGACCGAAGCGCACCUGUGAUAGAGAAGCCAAAAGGAACUAAUGGGGGAGGAGCCAACUCUGGGGCUGGGACCACCACUGGUGGUGGUUCCAACAGUGGAGGUGUAUCUACAAGUGCUCAGCCAAUGGGAAGCUUGUUUCAAGGUGGUGUGCCUAAACUGCGUCCCGUAGGAGAUGGUUCUGCUGUGGGACGGUCCCCUUUGCAGCCCCCCUCUUCUCGUCCUGCAGCCCCCCGUCCCCCGGGCCGGGCCGAUGAGCCCGAGUCUCAGCAGACGUCUCCGCCGGAGUCCAGUCGCUCUCAGCGCCCGUCUCUGCCUGACCUGUCCCGCCCCCCCAGCACCGCCAGCAGCCCAUCCCCGGGCAUGAAGCACAGCACCUCGGCCCCGCCCCCGCCUCCACCCGUGUCUCGCCGCGGCAACGCCCCGCCCGCACCGCCCCAAAAGGCCCCGGUAUCCUCAUACAACCGCGAGAAGCCCCUCCCUCCAACCCCAGGACAGAGGGGUCCAUCUCCCGCCCCGUCCCCGCCCCCUCCUCCCCCUGUCAAACCACCUCCCUCCCCCGUCAGCAACCGCUCCUCUUCAUCAUCUUCCUCUUCCUCCUCCCUGGCUCCGCCCCCUCCGCCACCCUACCGGCAGCAGCUGUCUGUCUCUAACGGCCCCUCCAGCCCCGUUAACGAAGUGGCCCCUGAGCUCCCCCAGAGACACAACUCUCUCAGCAAGAAACCCCCUGCCCCCGGGAGCCACACCCCCACCAGAGCCCAUGCCCCGCCCCCUCCGCCCUCUCCUACACCACAGGGUGGGAGACCCCCACCCCCAGCACGGGACCCUCCAGGACGGGCUGCAGCUCCUCCAGUUCCCGGACAGACAUCUCGAAACGGCCGGGAAGCCCCUCCUCCACCGCCCCCCUAUCGGACUCACGGUAGCUCAGAUCCACCCAGCCGAGGCAAGCCCCCCCCACCCCCUACCCGAACCCCCGCUGGACCCCCGCCCCCACCCCCGCCCAUUCGCAAUGGACACACCUCCACCCCCCGCUCCUUUGUAGAUGACUUCGAAUCCAAGUAUUCUUUCCAUCCUCUGGACGACUUCCCCCCACCGGAGGAGUACAGACACUUCACUAAAAUCUAUCCCAGCAAAGCCAACAGAGUGAUGAGGGGGGCUCCUCCUCUUCCGCCGGUGGGCAGGUGAACACAGACCUGGCGUGGUGCCACGUGGGAGGCAAGGGUUACACAAUUAUACAAACACACACUACACACACACACACCACAUUACACACACACACACACACUAAACUACACAAUGCCUGCACCUUAUUAACACCCUCUCUCUCUCCUCGCUGGACUACUACAUUCCAUUUCAAUCGGGUGAACUCCUCCUCCUCCUCCAUCACACAGCAGCUUCAGGACUUCACUCCACUGGGGAAAGAGUAGCAGGAAACUGUGUACAGUGUUUCAUUCCUUAACCUGGAAUGGCCAGUUUUUUAUUUUAGUUUUUUCUCGACAUGUUUAAUUCCGUUAUGUAUAAGUUUAAAGGCCCUUUCACACCACGUACCGACAUAACAUAGUGGAACCUAGGGACUAGACACUCCAUAUUUCUCAUAAAUGUCCAUUCUUUCUGUUUCUCUGCUCAUUAUGCUUUUUUCUCCCUUUUUAAGCUCUCUUUAAAUGGCUCAUCCUUCACACAAGCUCAUUACUAGGAGUGUAAAUCAUGGGGCAUCUCAAGAUAUGAUAUAUGUUGCCCACAAUAACUGAUAUUAUGAUGCUGUGAUUUUGUGAUCACAAAAAUAUAUGACUAAAUAUAUCGCAAAUAUAUCACAAUUCUCUACGAUACUUGACAGCAUCUGUGUUACUGAAGAGGUUAAAAUAUUUCUAAGUAAGCAAAUAACAGGAAUUAUAGAUUUAUUGGUGUCAGUUUCACAAUAUUUGUGAUAUCAGGUUUACCCUAUUCAUUUGAUUAGUGCCAAUACACUUAAAGCAAGCCUCAAAUAUAUUGAUAAUUGAUGCCACAAAUCAAUACAAAUGUAUGGAAAACAAUGUAAUAUAUUGUGAUCUCCAUUUGUUGUGCCAUCUCUACUCAUUACCAAGAGAAACUAUAAUUCAUGGUUUUACGAUAAAAUGCUCCUAGACAAACUAUAUAAAAUAUUUAUAUAACAGGGAUGUGUAAUGUACGUUAGAGGUGGGCAAUAUGACUCUAAGAUACUAUCACGAUAUUUCAUGGGUUUUUUUUUGUGGCGAUAUGAUAAAAUGCUACUAUGCUACUGCAACAACAACUAAAAAAAUUAACUAUAUUAUUGCAUAUAGUUGUAACAGACGUCAAUGUUUCAGAAUGUCAUGAGACUAAUAAUACUAAUAAUGCACUUCAAAUAUCUCCAUAUAUCCAGGAUUAAAGUAAAAUAAAUGAUACUGGACAGAUAUAAUCUGGCUCUAUUAGAUAUAUAAUGGGAAAUGAGACCAGUGUGAAUUUUUAUUAUUUAAUCUUUUUUUGUUGCUAAAAACAGUAAAAUAUGAAUAAAAAUAGUACCGUAAUGUGAUAAUUAGGGAUGGGUGAUAUGGCACCAUAUUUCAGAGUAUAAUAUCAUUCACGAUAUUCAAAAAUAUUGGUGAUAUUAUUGCGUACAAUACGAUAUAGCACACUUCUAACGUACGUAAUUCCCCAUCUUUCUAGAUCCAAUGGAGUAUUCACUUUUUUUUUUUUUU